AUGCCCGAACACUCAAAGAUUAAUAUCGCUACCCAGACCCGAGUCACGUUGUCGGAGAACCGGACUAUCCGAUGUUUGUACAGGACCACGCUUCGGACUGAGUCACGCCGGUCGGCCGUCGUUAUCGCGUGGGCUCAAGGUCACGCGGAGAAGUUUGGCCAGGCGCUGAUGGCUGGGAUCAAUACGAUCGACCAGGGAGAGGAGGUACAACAACAACAGCAACACGGAGAAGGCGACGAGGAGUUUAAAAAACUUAACGAAGAGUUUUACGAAGAGUUUAACGAAGAGUUUAACGAAAAACGGAACGGACAACACGGUGACGAAGAACACGGUAAAGAAUCCGUCGAACUCGAACAACCACAACAACCUACAAAAGAGUCAAAAGACGUUAUAAAUAAAAAGAAACAUAUAACCGGCUUCGACGUAAAGAUGAACCUGGUUAACAUCUGGCAGAAAAAUGUACUUCUUUGCUUUGACUUGUUCCUCGAAGACUGCGACGCUGCCAUGCGUAGCCGAGUCGACCAGAGCCUCGAGGAGCCCAUCCAACUCGUUUUCCGGAAAUAUAACACGUACUACGUCCAGCGGAGACAAGACCUCGACUCGAAGGUAUCGAACACGUAUAUUGAUACCCGACGCAUGGAUAAGGGAGCGCGGCCGCUCUACUCGGACCAGGAUAACCCGCCCUUGUACGACAACGGCAGGCGCAUCCCCGACGAGGAACGCGCUCAGUACGGGAUGUCGACGUUUUUCGAGACGGCAGGCCGGCCACGGAAUCAACCUGUACGAGAGACAGGUGGAGGCUAG